CGCCACGCAGCGCGGCGCGCGCCGCGCCACUUGUAUGCGCGCACGUGUAUACGUCAGUGUGCGUAUGGGAAAUUUUGCGGUUUUUGAAUAAAACACAUAACACACAAUGGUGGUCUCGCAGGAGGUGCUUUCGAGGGCGGAGGAAAUCGCCGACCAGGUAAUUCGCAACGGUAAACACGUGCUUCCAACAUUAGCACGAUUGUGUCUCAUUGCUACCUUCCUAGAGGAUGGCUUGCGAAUGUGGUUCCAAUGGAGCGAACAACGAGAAUAUAUGGAUGCGUCGUGGGGUUGUGGAAAAUUUCUGGCCACUAUUUUCGUCCUCAUAAAUCUUAUUGGACAACUUGGUGGAUGUAUUAUGGUGAUUAGUAGAUGGCGAGUCAGCAUAGCCUGCGGCGUUUUGUUCUUCAUUGUGAUUCUACAGACUAUUGCGUACAGCAUUCUAUGGGACAUGCAAUUCCUGUUCAGGAAUUUAGCGCUAAUAGGAGCGCUUCUACUGGUGCUGGCAGAGUCGCGAGUCGAGGGUAGAUCACUCUUUGCUGGUGUGCCUAGUCUUGGUGAUAACAAACCUAAGAAUUUACUGCAAUUGGCUGGCCGAAUUCUGUUGGCAUUCAUGUUUAUUACCCUGAUUCGCUUUGAGAUAUCUUUUCUACAAAUCCUCCAAGACAUUGUCGGCAGCAUCUUCAUGGUACUGGUAACAAUUGGCUACAAAACUAAGCUGAGCGCAUUACUACUUGUCAUCUUAUUGACUGCAUUGAAUUUCUACCAUAAUGCAUGGUGGACCAUUCCUGACUAUAAGCCACUGAGGGAUUUUCUCAAAUAUGAUUUCUUCCAGACACUUUCAGUCAUCGGAGGUCUCCUGAUGAUAGUUUCUCUAGGUCCAGGUGGAGUAUCGAUGGAUGAACAUAAAAAAGAAUGGUAGAAUCCUAUUUAUGGAUGUGGUGGAUACAUCAUCAGGUUGUUAUCACGAAAGUUAAAACGAAUUACUGUCUCCCAUUCCUGUCCCUUUGUAUGCUCAAAGAAAUCCUAAACCAUUGUGUGUUAAACGACAAGAAAUUCAAUACGUCGAUAUCACCGGCCCAAUACAAUCAUUCUAUGUGACUAAUCGGUUAAUCGAGAUUCGCAUUUUAACACUAUGACGAAAAUAAUAGAAAAAAAGAAGGAAAAAGAUAAGCAGAUAAAUACAAUAUUAUCGAUAAUAACAUUGUACAUAUAACACUGCAUCUAAUGUGGAUAAUGUAUUUUUUCCAUGUAUGUUUUCAUCUAUUUUUAAUCGUGAGUUGAAUCGAUUGCUUUGAGAUUCGAGUUUUAGUAUCGGAUAAAUGCUUCCUCUUUUCCGGAUUCAAGAUUACAAAUUUCCGGGGAAAAAAAAAAUCCGUCGAUUUUCUAGUUUUAUUACAAUUUUUUUUUAACUUAACUUUCUUUCUUACUGUAAAUAAGCGUUCCAGAUUUGUGUUAAUUAUGACGAAAGAGAAAGAAGAAGAGAAGGGGGGGAGAAGAAUGUUAUCGAGAGAUCAGCGGGUUAAGGGUUUAUUAGUUAGCUCCAAUAAUAACGUUAUGCGAAAAUAAACUGAUCUUAAAAUAGCGCGCGCGCGAGUCCCUCUAUACGUCAGCAGAACGGGAAAAGGAGAGAAUGAAAGCAGGUGCAAUAUAAAAUCAGUAAGCAAGGUGCAGCUCUGCUAUACAAAGUAGUCAGUGAGAGUAAAAUUUGAAAAAGUCUGAAAAAAAUGAGAGUCAAGAAUCAAGGAUGUAAACGCGUGCCUGUGAGCAAAGGCAUCACUAUUUUGUACGGAAAACCAUUUGCCUAUGUAUUAAGAUCGGCGAUGCGUGACGAAAGAUGUGAUCAUUGCCUACGAAGGUAAAAUUGUUUUAUCAUAUAUAUAUAAAAGAGAAAUAAUCUUGAUAGAAAGUCGUCUCGUCCUUGUUAUUCCUUCAGUCCUGAUGCAAGUUUUAUUCUACAUUUAUUUGUAUUGUUAAAUUUUUAUUUGUGAUGUUGUCUUUAAUUUAUUGGCAUUAUUCCUAACAAAAUUAUUAUAUGUGCAAUACUUUAUGUGAGUAUAUAUUUUUUUCCAAUUUUUUUCUAUUAAGGUGACAAUUAGUAUCAAUUUAUCAAAUAAAUAUAUUAUAAAUGUAACUUAUAUAAGUUUUAUACAUAGUUAUAUGCAAUAUAAUCUUGACUAAGAAAAUAUAUCACAUUUGAAUUUUG